CCGCCGCUCAGCGCUGCCCGGCGCGGGCCCCGGCGGAGAUCUGCGAGCGCGCCGCGGCAGGCGGGCACGCAGCAGCAGGAAGGCGCGGCGGCGGUGGCGGCGCCGCGGCGGCGAGUCCCGGCGGCGGCGAGGAGCAGCCUCGCGCCGGUGGGCGCCCAAGGACCCGUGGGCGCUGCGCUAUGGGCAAGAGGAGCAAGCGGGCAGCCGACAGCUCGUCCUCGGGAGACGAGGAGGAAUAUGUGGUGGAAAAGGUGCUGGACCGGCGCGUGGUGAAGGGCCAGGCCGAGUACCUGCUCAAGUGGAAAGGCUUCUCCGAGGAACACAACACUUGGGAGCCGGAGAAGAACCUGGAUUGCCCGGAGUUGAUUUCAGAGUUUAUGAGGAAAUAUAAGAAGAUGAAGGAAGGCGAUGGGAACAAACAACGGGAGAAGGCAGAGGGCGCCAAGAGGAAAGGAGCGCUGCCCGGGGGCGGGGACGAAGUCAAGGCCAAGAAGAAAAGGGAGACUAAUGACAUCGCCCGGGGCUUCGAGCGGGGCCUGGAGCCCGAGAAGAUCAUCGGUGCCACCGACUCCUGCGGGGAACUCAUGUUCCUCAUGAAGUGGAAGGACACGGACGAGGCCGACCUGGUGCUGGCAAAGGAGGCGAACCUCAAGUGUCCCCAAAUUGUCAUCGCGUUCUAUGAGGAGCGGCUGACCUGGCACGCGUACCCCGAGGACACUGACAGCAAAGACCGCGACGCCCCCCGCAGCUAAGGCGGCCCCCCCGCCUGUACAUAGCCCCUCCCGUGUCCCCUGCCCCCCGUAUGUGUGUCUCUAAUGUCCCCAGGAACCCCCCUGUGUCCCCGUCCUCCCCCCGGCCCCAGAGGAGGGGUGGGGGCGGGUUUGGGGGGGCUCUGCCCCCCUGUUUUUUGCUCUUUUUUCUAAGGUGGAUGUUUUUAGCUGGACCCCCUCCCCCCCCCAGGAUGUCCCAUGGCCAUCCCAGAGUGACCCCAUCCUGGGGUGUCCCCAUUCCAGAGGGACCCCAUCCUAGGGUCUCCCUGUCUGGACCCUCCCGGAGUGUCCCUAUCCCAGAGUGUCCCCAUCCUAGGGUGUCCCCAUGGCUGUCCCAGGAUGUCCCCAUCCCCGGGGUAUCCCCCUGGCUGUCCUAGGGUGUACCCAUCCUGGGGUGUCCCCAUUCCAGAUGGACCCCAUCCUAGGGUCUCCCUGUCUGGACGCCCCCAGGGUGUUCCCAUGGCUGUCCUGGGAUGUCCCCAUCCUGGGG